AUGCGCUCUGGAAAUGAGUUUAUCCAAGAGAUAUUACGAGGAAAUGAGACUCAUUGUUAUGAAAAUUUUCGACUGAAAAAGGCGGUGUUUAUUAAUCUAUCCAAUGACCUAACUGAUAAAUAUGGGCUUAAACCCACUCGUGGAAUGUCUAUACAUGAAAUGUUAGGCAUAUUCUUAAUGACUUGUGCACAUGGAGUUGGAAAUCGAAUGUUACAAGAUAUCUUCCAACAUUUUGGAGACACAAUUCAUAGACACUUUCAUAGUGUUUUAAAAGCCGUUUGCAAGCUUGCAAGAGAUAUUAUUCAACCACAUCCAAAUUAUAAUGAUGAUUGUGAUGUUCACAAGCUAUGUCAACAAAGAUAUCUCCCUUUCUUUAAAGAUUGUAUUGGAGCAAUUGAUGACACACAUGUUAAAGCUAGAUUACCGCAAGGUCAAGAGAUACCAUAUAUUGGACGUAAAGGUUAUCCGACUCAAAAUAUUCUCGCCGUUGUUGAUUUUAAUACGUGUUUUACAUUUGCAUGGGCUGGGUGGGAAGGAGCAGCUCACGAUAGUCGUAUAUUUGCUGAGGCCCUUCGUAGAGAAGAGCUCAACUUUCCACAUCCACACAAAAAUGAAUAUUAUCUAGUUGAUGCUGGAUAUUCACACAUGAAAGGAUACAUGGCUCCAUACAAAGAAAAUAAUGUAAGAUAUCACUAG